AUGCUUGAAACGAUAUUUGAUUCAUGCAACCCGGUUAUCCUGAUCGAUCCGUCCACCAGUGAGGCGGACACACUCUCUCAAUGUGGAAUUUUGGCUCGACUUCACACUGCAUCAGACUCUUCUGGAUCCUCCGGUAUACUGCUAUCUAUCGCCAUAGUCAAAAUCUGUUUAAGCAAAGCUCAAGAGUGCUGGAUGCGAAGUCAAACUAUUGCGAACAGCAAAUCCAAUCAGGCGACCCUAUUUGCAUCUCAGAUCCGUGUUGCCUUCCGUCAUCUGAUCCCGUCGCUUGUUCUCCUCGAACAUUUGAUUCCUGACGCCUAUUCCAACGCGUUCGAUCCGGAUGUUCAAACUGUGGAACGUAAAACUCCGACAUGUCCGUGUUGCGAUAAGCCCGGAUUGUUAUGGUCAUCCCCGGAAACCAAACCACGACAAACUCCAUGCGUUGUUGAUCGACGUGUUCUGAUCAACUUUCUUCGAAUUGCCAGUUGUCUGUUCUCGGCUGCUGUAGUGUGUUACACGGAUGCAGUGCGCCAACUGGAUCGAGUGGAGUACACAUCGAAACUGAAGCCACUUCCCGACGACAAAUCGGUGCACAUUUUGCUCCAAUCCGCUUGUUCAUCGGGCCGGGGACAAGUGACGCAGUUGCUUGAAGCUGUGAUAUGUGGUCCAUAUUUUUGUAAAGUGGGUGAUGAACCACCAGAGGGGUUACACGAAUGCUCGCAAUGGUUACGUGUACUGCACUUGGCUGCACGUUGCAUGCUUCGUGUUUUCCGAUCACACCCUCCGUCAGGGGAGAAAGCUGGUGGUGUUGGUGGUGGUGGCACAAAACGUGGCAAGCAUCGUAAACAGCCAGACGGAUUCUCCGUUUCUACGCAUUCCGUGGUGCAACCACUACUUGAUCUACCCGGUCACGGAUCCUGUUUAACCGUGCUUCACGAUUGGUGGCCUGUAUUGGUCAACACCUAUGUGUUAUCACUGCGUAGAAAAUGGCUAUACCAGAUGACCACUGAUCAAAAAUCUGUUGCGGUUGAAUUUUGUACCGAAAUCGGUCGGGCUUUGAGUCUGAUCUGUAAUCCCACAAUCAGUAUUCAUCAGUUGAACGGCAAGUCGCAGUUCGUGACUAGUACAAACGAGUUUCAGCUGUACAAAUUAGCCGCUGCGGUGUCACAAAUUCGACCCAUUAGAAACGGGCAUUGGACCAGCGUGUUCCACUCCUACCCAUUCAAGGAGACGUCUAUCCUCCCGCUGCCCACUCUGAUUUGGCACGGGGAUGAUGUAACGGAACAGUCGAAGCCAGUCGGUUCGUUCACGGAGUCCGGCAAACGCAAACAGUCUUCGAAACACGCGUAUCAAUCUGUCCGAUUCUCGCUGACGUCCGUGUGUCUGGCGCGUGCGAUCGAAUCCAUGCUACGACAUUUCUCCAUUCUGGAGAGUCGUAACUCAACCAGUUGUGAAAUGGAUUUACAGUCAAUGAUCAAACAAAUCACUCGACGACUUCCAGAAGAAUUUCUGGUUAAUCCCGCACAACGGACUGUUCCGAAAUCGCUGAAAAUGUCUCGAAAUCUAAUCGUCCAAACGGUCGACUUUCGGUUGAACCAGGUGAAAAUUUCCCUACUCAAAUUCUGUCAACGUUCGAUGUCCGAUCGUGGGCAAAGCGAAUCACCAAUGUGGUUCACCAUUGUCGGACAGGCUCGAACUGCCGUGGAUUGGUACUUUGCACGACUUCCUUUACCGAGCACCGAAAGUGAACUGUGUGAUCCGGUGGUGGUCAAAGACAUGGUGGCCUGUCUCAGUUUGGUUCAUCGAUUGAUCUUCAUGCAAGUGACAAAUCUUGAUGUACUCUCUCUCUCGGGUUUGAUGAAUAUACUGAAGGAUUUGUUGAUGACUGAACGCGUAGUCCAGAUUCUGAAGCAUGUCCCGUCAAAUGCUUUGACUGUUGAGAUGCCCGAACCACCGGAAUAUCAUUUACAGUUUCUCUUUUUCUAUCUGUUUGUUAUAUGUCAUAUCAUCUCGUCCAAACACCGAUCAAAACCUUCACAAAGGUUGGAUCGCAAAUCAGGUGGCUCGCGGAAGAAGACCACAUCCAAAUCGGAAACGGGAAACGUAUGUGAGAUUCCGUCCGUCUCCCCUGAAGUGGACUUGGCCGAUCGCGUUAUAACGGAUCCGCCGUUUUUGCGCGAGUCCCAAUUUAGCGAUAUCACGGAGUUCGUGCAGGUUCUGAAAAGCCAUAACUUGGACAGUUUUCAUCCACUUUGUCAGCUUUUUGCUGAGAAGUUGGACUUACUGAAACAACAUUUCGCUUGA